CUCUCAUCCUGUAUGUCUCACUCAAUCUUAUGCAUCAGAGCCACCGGCUGAUCUUAAUUGUUUGUCACAGUCUCACAGAGUGAUAUUGAUAUGAGUUGAGAGCCGUCAUCAUCCAUCAGAUGAUCAGAACCCAACUCCCUCUUUCCCAUCACCAGUCAACUCAACACUCUUUGCUCUGCUGAACGCGGGAUGGACUAAUAGGCUUGUCUAUUUAAUCUUUGAGGGAAGAAAAAGCUCUGAUAACACCAGAUUUUUGUUCCAUCAGCAUAUUAUCUGAACAUCUGGCAGAAAAUGGCUGCAGAAGAUGAUAAGAAUCUUGUUGAAAUCUUGGAAACCCCAAAUCCCAUAGAUGUUGGCAAGUAUAUGAAUUAUGUCAGUGCCCCGCAAGCUGGUGCGAUAGCUACAUUUUCAGGCACGACACGCGACACCUUUGAAGGCAAAGCAGUCUUGGAGUUGAUAUAUGAAGCUUAUGUUCCCAUGGCGAUUCGUUGUAUCAAUUCUGUCUGUUCAUCUGCGAGAGCAUCCUGGAAUCUGCAUUCCAUUGCUGUUGCUCAUCGCCUAGGCACGGUACCUGUAGGAGAAACGAGUGUCUUCAUUGCAGUCUCAUCUGUCCACAGGGCUGAUGCACUAGAGGCAUGCAAAUAUUUGAUAGAUGAGCUAAAAGCAACAGUUCCUAUUUGGAAAAAGGAGGUGUAUUCAAAUGGAGAGGUUUGGAAGGAGAAUUCUGAAUUCCUAGACAGGAGGUCAGAGCUUGGUAACAAGGAUGUAGCUUGCAGUGGGGAAAAGGCAGAAGUUAAAGACCAUAGCAAAAAGCGCUGCUGUGGGACUAAGGUUCGGGUUGAUAAUGAAGGUAGCCAUGACUAAUUUCAAUGCCAGGGAUCAGAGAUACUAGAUACCAGCUGGUGAUUGCAGUUAUUUAACAUCAGUUUAAAGAUUACCUCCCUCUUCCACCAUUCCCUUUUCUUUGCUGUUAUUAAGAUUGUAUUUAAACUUAGAAGGCAAUAACCUUGCCUAUUUCUUGAGAUAUAAUGUCAUCAAUGUUGCUCUUA